CGCCAUCUGAUGCGGGGGUGGGCGAGGUGGCCCAUUUAUUUGUCGAGACCCGAGAUUAUCUGGAAUGCGGGACCAACUGCGCUGACAUCAGAGUUGCUGUUAUGCAGGAUUUCACCUCUGACCGGAUACAGCAUAUCUCGCGCAUGCAUAUCGCAAAAGUUUCCGCAACUGCCAUUCCAUCACCAUCUCAUAAAGCGCCCCACCAUUCCAUUCGCAAUUCACAUCUCUUUUCAUCCACCACUUUUCUCCCCCCCGCAUCCACCAUGCCGGAGACCUACGCCGCUGAAACAAAGAGCAUCAGCAAGGCCGAGGACGGUGGCUAUGAAGGAGAUAACAGGGACUCGACGGACGCCUUCACCGCUCUCGUCCACAGGGAGGAGGAUCACGAUAUCAAGUACAGAACAUUAAGUUGGCAGAAGGCUGCGAUCCUUCUCUUUGGCGAAUAUGUCUGUCUUGCCAUCCUUGCGCUGGCGUGGAGUUGGAGUGUGCUCGGCUGGGUCUGUGGCUUCUUCAUCACUUUUGGUCUCGGUAUCGUUACUUGGUAUACAAGUUAUGUCUUGUGGCAGUUCUGCAUGAGACAUCCCGAAGCUCGCGAUAUCUGUGACAUUGCUGCGAUCCUUUUCCCCGCCAUCCCCAGAAUCGCUUUUGAGGCUGCCGCGGUCAUGCUUUUGCUCAAUAACAUCUUCCUUGUCGGAUUCCACGCCUUUACUGGUGCCAAGAUUCUCAACACUCUGAGUAACGAUGGUGCUUGUACCGUCGUCUUCCAGGCUGUGACUGCCAUUAUCGGUAUCAUCGUCUCCCUCCCCCGAACCCUCAACCAUGUGUCCACCCUGUCCAUCAUCUCUGCUGCAGCUAUGGCCAUCGCCAUCCUCCUCUCUCUUAUCUAUGCUGGUAUCGAGGAUGCGCCUUACUAUGGCUACGGUGGCAACUACCCCGAGUUGGGCGAAGUCACGACCUCUAUCGGUCUUCCCGAUGGUGGACCCGGUUUCGUCGCCGGUCUGAACGCUGUGCUCAACAUCACUUUCCUCUGGAUCGGGCAGCUGCUCUACCCCUCCUUCAUCGCCGAGAUGAAGCGUCCCCAAGACUUCCCCAAGGCCCUCGCCGCAUUGACCAUCAUGGAGCUCAUCCUCUUCACCAUCACCGCCGCCGUCGGCUACCACUUCCUCGGCCAGUACGCCACCGCCCCCGUCAUCGGCUCCCUCGCCAACCCCGACCACAAAAAGUCUGCAUUCGCCUUUGUCCUCGUGCCCACCGUCAUCAUCGGCGGCAUCUACGCGCACGUCGCUGCCAAAUUCGUGUUCAACCGUAUCCUCGGCAAGUCCCGACACUCUUACUCGCACUCCUUCAUCGGAUGGGGCACCUGGAUAGCGCUCAUCGUGCUCAUCUGGGGUAUCGGCUUCAUCCUCGGGAACGUCAUCCCCAGUAUGGGCGAUUUCCUCGGUAUCAUGUCUGCGGCCUUUGACUCGUUCUUUGGGUUCAUCUUUUGGGCUGUGGCGUAUUGGCACAUGAACAAGACUAGGUUGUGGGCAAACUGGAAGAUGACGACGAUGACGAUCAUCAACAUCUUGAUCCUCAUUCUUGGUCUGUUCAUGCUUGGUCCUGGGCUGUACACCAGUGUCGAUGCUAUCAUUGACGACUACGCUACAAGUGUCAGGCAACCGUUCACUUGUGCUUCCAACGCGUUGUAAUACCAUCCUCAUCUAUCAUUUGUCAAUCAUCAUUUCUCAUCAUCUCGAUCUCUAUCUUUGCUAUAUUCUAUCUUUGUUCGCAACCCUUUGUUUCGUUAGGCUUAUAACUCUUUCCCUCCAUCCACCUUGUUUCGACACAUCAUUAGUUUAGAGCUGUAGAUGAUAGCUACAGACGUUUUUGUUCCUUUUUCCUGGUUAUUGGGUUGUCCUCAUGCAUCAGCCUUCUUGGCAUACGCGAUGCGGUGCCGCAUUCACCUCUCCAUGAUAUGACAGAUAUGUACACUUCUACAAGGUUAAUUGACGAAAGACGAGUGCCAAGCCUCGACUAACGCGCAUCCGCGCACAGAAUGAUAGUUCCUG